AAACAAUUUAAACUUCCGACAGUCCCAAUCCUUCGCGGAGCCGCAAAUCUAGAUCAUGCCGUCCAUUCCGAACUAAGUCUAGUCUUCUCCAACCCAAUCACCAUGCAAUCCCUCCUCCGGUGGAGCGUCGAAAACUCCAACCCAAGCACCGACCCACCCACUACCACCUCCAAUAAACUCGAUCCUGGAAUCAUCGAUCACAUCCUCGGUAAACCAGAUGCUCAACUCAUGAAAGAAGCUCUUACAGUAGGCCUCGAUGAAAGGCAAACUGAAGACGAUAGAUUACAGGCUCUUGAUGAUCUCGAGAUGCUAGUUCAGAAUAUCGAUAAUGCGAAUGACCUAAAGAAACUAGGGAUAUGGCAACCCCUACAUAAUCUACUCCUAACAUCCGGUACGAGCGAUGCACUCAGAAUGCAAACCCUGUGGAUAAUCGGCACCGCACUGCAAAAUAACCCAGCUGCUCAACUCGCCUAUCUCGACCUCGACCCCCUCUCCACCCUUCUCAAAUCCCUUUCCCCCUCAUCCAACUCCGCUGAGACCCGCUCACGAGCUCUAUACGCGCUUUCUGGCCUACUGAAACUGAAUGCUGCUGCUGUGCAAAAGAUGAGCGUGGUGGACGGAUGGAGCGCUUUGAGAAUGUGUCUGGAAGACUCAGAAAUCCGAGUCCGCAGAAAAACAACAUUCCUGCUAAACACACUGCUCCUCCCAACCUCCUCAUCCUCUGAGGUGAAUCUCCAACCAAACAUGAGCCUCCCCACCUCAGAGAACGCACCACCCCAAGUCCACGCAAAUUCUCAUGCCUCGAUGCUCUCUGAUCCGUCGUCCGUCUCUACCUCUGCUCUCACGCUCGCUGUAAUUCAGAACGAGGGAGAGCAGGGUGGGUCUUUACUCGAUGCGUUGAUAUCAGCAUUGAUUGAACCUGUCCCGUUCGGUGUUGAUGGCGAGAUGGACAAGGAUGACGAAUUUCAGGAGAAUAUUGUUAGGAUCUUAUACACGUUUGCGACGAGCUGCAAUGGCAUGUUUUCACCUACCCAGAAACGCAGUCUCUGGGGGUUCUUGGGAGGGGUUACUAUGAUGCAACGAGAGGAGAACUUGAAUUUUGGAUUGACGAGUGGGGAGUGGGAGGAGUUGAGUGAGGCUGUGAGGUCGUAGUGGGAUGCAUGCAGUAGGGGUCGUACUUGAGGUGGAAUGAAAUGGCAUUUUUUGAUAUUUGUUUAUCACGACAGCACAGCCAGGCGUUAUGUAGUGGUGCGGCAGUGAUCAUGUGCUGCGGCAAAACACCUUCGCCCCUAGCAAACCGUCAUUGAUAAUCAUUACUCAGACUUAACCUUCAUCAUGACCAGCUGUUGCAGCAGACAGACUAUCAUCCUAAGCCUGAUGCCCAUAUUAAUCAUAUCUAUCUUUUUAUCUCUUUACACCAUCCCUUGCUACUAUGUGCCAGACUGUCACGAGUACCUUUAACAAAACACUAUUCUUUCUUGAAUCUUCCUAAGUGCCAAUACACAGCGCCUAAGACAAAC